CAAUGGAUGUGAGCAACCUAUUGAAACCAAUGCUUGGAAGAGGUGAACUGCGAUGCAUUGGUGCAACUACGCUGACUGAAUACCGCAAAUACAUGGAGAAAGAUCCAGCUCUGGAACGUAGGUUUCAGAAAGUGUUCUGUAAUCAGCCAUCUGUUGAAGAUACUAUAUCGAUUCUUCGUGGUUUAAGAAAGCGGUACGAGUUACAUCAUGGUGUUAAGAUAUCAGAUGGUUCCCUUGUUUCAGCAGCAGUUAUGGCAGACCGCUAUAUAACUGAACGCUUUCUACCAGACAAAGCUAUUGAUCUUGUUGAUGAAGCUGCCUCAAAGUUGAGGGUUUCGACCACUUCGAAACCAACUGAACUCGAUGAAAUAAACAAAGCUGUGAUCAAACUGCAGAUGGAGAAGUAUUCUUUGAAAAGGGAUAAUGCUAAUGCUUCUAAAGAACUUCUACAGAAAAUGGAUAAUGAUUUGACCAAACUCAAGGAUAAACAGAGAGAACUCAGCAAGCAAAAGGCGGAAGAAGAGUCUCUCAUUACUAAAUUACGUUCAUUUAAAGAAGAGAUUGAUAAAUCCGCUGAACGUGAAUGUGGUCUAAACCGUACUGCUGAGGUGAAGUAUGGAACACUAAUGUCCCUCCAACGCCAGUUAGAAGAAGCUGAGAAGAAUCUCACCAAUCCCGGAGACACUAAUCAGUCACUGCUACAAGAAGAGGUAACCGAUCUUCACAUAGCAGAGAUAGUAAGCAAGUGGACGGGUAUCCCACUAUCAAACCUUCAACAAUCAGAGAAAGAAAAGCUAGUUUUCUUGGAAGAAGUGCUUCACAAGAGAGUUUUUGGUCAAGACAAGGCUGUCGAAUCGAUAGCAAAUGCUAUCCGCUGUUCAAAGGCUGGUCUUUCAGAUCCUAACCGUCCUAUUGCGAGUUUUAUGUUCAUGGGUCCAACAGGUGUUGGUAAAACCGAGCUUGCCAACGCUCUUGCUGGUUACCUUUUCAACACUGAAAACGCGAUAGUGAGGAUCGAUAUGAGUGAGUACAUGGAAAAAAACUCAGUCUCACGGCUCAUUGGUGCACCUCCCGGUUGUGCUGGUUUCGAAGAAGGUGGUCAGUUAACUGAAGCUAUUCGGAGGAGACCUUACUCGGUGGUUCUGUUUGAUGAGAUCGAGAAAGCUCACCCUGAUGUCUUCAAUAUCUUUCUACAGAUACUAGAUGACGGGAGGAUAACUGAUUCUCAAGGGAGGACCGUAAGUUUCAGAAACUGUUUUGUAAUAAUGACGUCUAAUAUAGGAUCACACCCUAUACUUGAGACUUCCCGCAACAAUAAAGAUAGCAAAGAAGCAGUUUAUGAGAUGAUGAAACAACAAGCUGUGGAGUUAGCAAGACAAACUUUUAAGCCAGAGUUCAUGAACAGGAUUGAUGAAUACAUUGUUUUCCAGCCGUUGGAUUUAACAGAAUUAUCCAAGAUCGUCGAGUUUCAGAUGAGACGAGUGAAGAAUUUGUUGGAACAAAAGAAAAUAAAACUUGAGUACACAAAAGAAGCGGUGGAUCUCCUUGCUCAGCUUGGGUUUGACCCAAACAAUGGGGCAAGGCCGGUGAAGAGAGUGAUUCAGGAGAUAGUGAAGAAGGAGAUAUCCUCAAAAAUUUUAAAGGGAGAGUUUACAGAGGAAGACACUAUUCUUCUAGAUGUUGACAAGCCAAACAACAAAUUGGUCAUCAAGAAGCUCGAGAGUAGGGCUCCUGUUGAAGAUAUCUCUUUUUCUAAUGAUGAUCAUGUCUUAAUUAAGGAUUAAUUAUAUUUGCCGACAAAAGAAAAUGGGAACAUUUUUAAUCAAAUGUUUGAGCUGUGACUAAUGAGAUAAUUUGUGGGUUAAGUUGUAAGAAUUAUUUGGGGUUCACAAGAGUAUUAAUCAGUGUGUUCGGGUUUUUACUUAAA